CUGAUACUGUAGAAAAUAAUAAGAAGAAAUCAGAUCAAGGGAAGUUCCUCACUCCUCAAAGCAUAAACAUCUGUCCCUUGUUUGUUCGCCAAAAGAUCUCGCUCCAAACACACCACUUGCAGUUCCUUUCUGCAUCUCCACCUCCAUCAAAUCGGCGCCAUUAUCAUAUUUUAUUCCUAUUACUCUCAGUUCCAUAACACUACUCCAUCUUCUACUACUUCAAACUUCUAUCUAUCUAAUAAUCUCUGCUUUCUUUUCUUAAUUAUAGAGGAAGAAGAGACGACUGUGAUAUGGACGGAAUGUACGGUCUGCAAUCCACGGCGGACUACUCUGACAGGGCGUUGCUGUCGCCGGAGAAUCUGAUUUUGCCUUCGGAUUAUCAGACCUACCUUUCUUCCGAAACUUACCAAAAUUGGAUUCAGAUUCUCGUAUCCGAUGAGCUACUCUCGACUACCUCGGUGAUUUCGGAAUCUGAUUCAAUCGCACCGGAAAUUCCACGAGAAGAAGAUUUUUCUACUUUGAUCAAAGCCAAAAUCGCUUCUCAUCCUUCUUAUCCACGCUUGCUUCAAGCCUAUAUCGAUUGCCAGAAGGUAGGUGCGCCUCCGGAAAUAGCGCGUUUGUUGGAUGAAAUUCGGCGAGAACAUGAUCUUUGCAAGCGUGACACUAUCUCCACAUGCCUGGGAGCUGAUCCCGAGCUCGACGAGUUCAUGGAAAAGUAUUGCGAUGUUUUGGCCAAGUAUAAAUCUGAUCUCGAAAGGCCUUUUGAUGAAGCGGCCACCUUCUUGAACAAGAUUGAAAUACAGCUUCGCGAUCUUAGCACAGGUGCCGCCAUUAGAAGUCUCUCUGAUGAAGGUGCACAAUCAUCAGAAGAGGAGUUGAGUGGAGGGGAAUUAGAGGUACAUGAAGAUCAACCAAGCAGUGAAGAGAGAGAUAUUAAAGAUAAACUUCUGCGCAGGUUUGGAAGUCACAUUAGUACGUUGAAGCUGGAGUUUUCUAAGAAGAAAAAAAAAGGAAAACUACCCAAGGAAGCAAGACAAGCCCUGCUUGAAUGGUGGAAUGUUCACUAUAGAUGGCCUUAUCCAACUGAAGCGGACAAGAAAGCACUGGCAGACUCAACUGGACUAGAUCAGAAGCAAAUUAAUAAUUGGUUUAUAAAUCAAAGAAAGCGACACUGGAAACCCGCAGCAAACAUGCAAUUUGCUGUUACGGAUAGCCUUUCUGGACCUUUCUUCACUGAUGAUCAAUGAGUUUCAUAUGCAUUCUGGAACCCUGAUAAUCUGUGUUGGCUUCCUGUAUAUUCUGCAAUGCAAACUCUAGGGGCAUGGUUAUUUCCCCAAGAAGAAAAAGGAAGGGGUGGAGGGGAGAAUUAGUUGUAUUUUUCGCCAUGUAUAUUCACAUUGAUAGACAUUGAUAAUGAGACGUUUACAUAGCUUGUAUGAAUAAUUUACCCGUGCUUAUUGUCUGAAUUACUCCUUUUUCUGUAUGUAUUUAUGUAGUUUUCUGGGGAAAUUUGGUACAUUUGAUCGACUUUGUCGCAGAUGUUCAAAGAACUGCAGAAUGACAAGGAAAUUGUAAGGAAAAAAGAAUGAUAAUCGACUUGAUUUCUCCUCA